AUGGCCGGCGCAGUCAUCAACACCGGCCUGGCCGCCACCAGCGUCGCUGCCAUCCAAACGCACGCCGCCCCCAAGCUCCUCUUCGCGGACUACCAGUGCAUCUGUGUCGCCACCGACGCCCUCAAGAGCAUCGCCAUGGACGCGGCCUUGCUGCUGGUGGUGGUCAUCGACCUCGCCGGCACGUCCAGCUCCACGGUCGUGGUCGGCUGCACCACGCGCGUACAGGCUGCUCUCAACCAGCCCUCGUAUCGUGCUGGCCACCGCGCUGUGGGGUGGACUGGAGCACUCGUCGCCCACACCCAAUCCGCCAAUCGUGGCACCUCGCAAACCCUACCCCUUUCCACCAAUCCUCACAGCCGCCACAAGUCUCCCUCUUCCUCCAUCCUCCCCUCCCGCAUCCCAUCCCCUCUACGCGGCGGCGGCGACAGCAGCUGUGGGCGCGCAGCGGCAGGCGUAGGCGGGCGGUGCAGGGAGGCGGACGCGGUCGGGCCACGGCGGCGGCAGGCGUGGGUGGCUGCGGAAGGGCGCAGCGGAAGCGAGCAGCGCCGGGCGUGCGCGGGGCGGCGCUGGAGGGCGCGGGGCAGGGCGCGGCCGGCGCGUGCGGUGCGUGAACGAGGCGCGCAUGGGGCGGCCAGGCGGGGCGAGCAGCAGCUUGGCGGCAGUAGCGCGCGCGGUUGGCGCCCAGAAGCAGCAGCGGGCUCGCGCGGGCGGCACGGGGCGCGGCGUGCAGAGCCGACGGGCGGUAGCGGGCGGGGCACAUGCGGCCGGGCUCGUGCGCGAGGCGCGGCCAGGGCGUGGCCUGAGGCGCCUAGGGUAGUUGGUGGUGGCUCGCCUUCCGUCCUCGAGCCCCACGCCCGUCCUUCUCUCUGCAUCGCCUCCUCUUCCUCCCCUCCAGGCCUCUCCACCGCGUCGUCACACCUAAACACCGGCGGGAUGAGAGUGAGGGCGGCGAGGGAGAGAGAGACAGGAGGGGAUUCGUGGCGCCAGGGGCUAUGGCGGCGGCAACAUUGGGAAAGGCAGGGGAGGAGGAGGCAGUGGCCGCUGAUGGAGAGGUGCCUCUCCUGCCAUCAAGAUGCAUCCAGAAUGGUGAUGACGAGCGGCCGAUCAGUGUGGCCAUGGUCUUACGAACGACAGAGGCUUCUCUCCCCCCGCCUCUCCUCUUGCCUCUCCUCCUGCCUCUCCUCCAGGUCACAGCUGAACCUCAUUGGAAAGAGAUCGGCCUGGCAGGCAUUUCGAUUUUCUGUCAUGCUUCUAGAUAUCAAACGUGGCUGAGAAAGUUCCAUUUUUAAAAGGGGCUGGAGCUCCAUGGCUUACAGAUCUAACGACCCCUGAUGCUCUUUGCAUAUUUCCCAUGAUAACAUCAAUGUUCGUCAUGCUUCCCUUUGAGGAGCAGCAGGUGCAGAUGCGUGUGCGAGGAGCGCCGUCGGUCGACCAGCGUUCUUUCUUCGUCAGGAAGGGUGCAGCCUGCUACUCAAGCCCCUCUCCUUCGCUCCUUGCAGAGGAGAGGCAUGGGCACCACCACACUUGAGAGAUGGACGAGGACAUGAAGCUUUCGUGGAGAGGACGAGGUGGCCGCCGCAGCACCCCCACGCCGCGGACGCGGAGAUUCCCAUCCUGUCUGCCCCCGAUAACCACUUCGGCGGCGCCAUGAACGGAAACAAUCGCCUCUUCAUGGCAGGCGCAGACCGCAUGGUCGUCUUCCUCUCCGGCUUCUUCUACACCAUCAGACUCAGACCCUCUCCCGCUCCCUCUCCCUCUGCAUCUCUAUAAAAAUAUGCUCAGGUCAACUAGGAGAUGAUGCAAGCCAAGGCGCUCACACCGAUUUAAGAUGGUGUGGGUGAUCAAUAGAAGACAAAUGAAUACACUGAUGGAAGGCCAUGUCAAAGUACCUUUCUAUUUUGUAUUUUAUUUUUGUUUAGGAUCUACUAUAAUUUCCCAAAAAGUUUUUAUUCCUGAAAUUCAUUGUACAUACAUGCUUGGUUUUACUUCAGUUAAUAUAUAAUGGGCAUUCUAUAAUUACUAAGAACUGAUAUGUGAGAGUGUGCCUCCCUGUUUUUGAAAAGAUAACUACUUUUGGUUAUAGAUCAUGACUAGAUUAAGUAGGCUUAUAUAAUAAUUUUUCAUUGUUCCACUCAUAGAAACUUAACUGCUGCAAUGUUAAUACAUUAUAGUCAUCCUUCACGACCUUGUGAUUGGCUGCCAUGUCUGCGCAAUAUCCUGUGACAUGUCGUAUGGUUAUUUUUUGCAACAAAGGUACCUUGUGGUCAGCGGACUUGCCAAGGUAGCGGUGUUUGACCUAGGGUUGUGGCCAUCAUUAUGCUUGAUCGCGAGAUGGCACUAUCCCCUGCGUUGUUGUGGUCAUUGAUGUGGGAGGAACGAUCGGUCAUCGCUCGAUCUCAAGAUGACCAUGACACCUAGGCUGUGGUCAUGUGGCCGCCGCCGACGGGGAAGCAUUCCCAUUAAUUCUGAAUCUGCAAGUUUGGAAUCAUCUCCCCCAUUCAGCUAAGCUACACAUAUUUUGCUUCUAUUUUUUUCUUUCUAGGUCUCGGACCAUCUCCAUUCUGGUAAAUACCUCAUCACAUAAACGUCAUUGGUCCCUGGUGUGCCCAUUCCCUUCCUUACUUUCUCCAUAUUGGUUAUGAUGCAUGGUCUCUUUCCAGCUAUGAGAAAUGAUAUACUGCAUACUGCAUACUAAUGAUAGGAUAGAUGAUUUAUGAUGUACUAUUUUAGAUAACGGUACUAAGUUUUUAUUCCAUAGAUGAUAUUUGGUUUUAUUCUACAUUUUUUUCCUUUGCAAAGAUAGAUAUUAUAAGAGAUAAAUAGCAUGUACAUGUUAACCUUUUUUUGCGGGGAUGUACAGGUUAACCUUAUAUAGCCUUUUUUAUGAGCGAUAAUCUAACACUUACAAGAUCAUCUUAGGAUUUCCUAAUGGAUCCUGUACACAUUCCACCAAGGAUUAUUUUAGAUGCUAUGCUGAAAGACACUAUAGCUCCCAAAAUCUUUAUACUACACCCAGCCUACAGGAAACGUUAGUAUAGAGACUGUGACUGAGUUUUAUCCAUUUCUGCAGCACUUGCCAAAGAGCACUGUCAAGAGAUUUGUUUUUCGGUCUGAGUCAUCUUGCUACUUUUUCAGGUUUAUUUACAUAUGAAAUCACCAUAAUUUUUGCCAUGGCUCUGGUUCUAGAUAUAGUGCUUAAAAGCACUAUCCCAUCCUGAUUAUUUCCAUACAGUUUUUUGUCUCACUGAAUAUCGUCUUCGAGAACUGGGCAAUCUUUGAGUCCAUGAAGAGCACUCGCACGGUCAAGCACCAUGAGAUCUUCAUCCGCAACGCCGAGUGCGUUGUGCUCUUCACAGACCUUGAAGAUGAGGCCAGAGAGAUCCGCCGCCUACUGGGUUCGAUCGGAUGCCAUCGAUUUCACCCACCGCCAAUGACGACAAGGCCGGUGGCUUUGGCAUUGAGCGAUAUACUUCACCUCACACGUGAAGAAAUAAGAUUUUUGAGGAUUAGGAUUAUUAAUGAAAUAUAAUGAGCAUCUUUUACCACCAAUGGCCUAUGAAGUCUCACCGUAUUAAGACACAUGCAUCACUGUUAGUCAUCCAAGCAAAACCACAGUCAGAUAAAUCAGCUUAAUUAUUCUACUACUUCUUUCAGAUGACAGCUGUUAAACAAGAGGAGGUAGACACAACCAGUGAUACCAGCGGUGACCAAUUACCAAUGAAGCACAAUAAGGCAUACGAGUAAAUUCAUCGCCCAUGGAAAGCAAACUCAAUCCAAAAGUUCAAAGGCAAGAAAAUCCAUGGUGAGCCUUGCAUCCACUACUUAGAUGAGUUUAGUCACCACAUUGUGUGGGCCAACACAGUUAAGCUCUACAACCAUAAUGUCCGUACACUGCGAAAGAUCAUCCGCAGCACCACCACGCCUGAUAACUACUAUGUGUGCCACAUGACAGAAACAUUUGCAACACAAGGCAAAAGAAUGUACUUUAGCGUUCCUUUUUCUAGGGGUUCCAUUUCCCACACAUGGAUGCUGACCAUGGUGAACUGCCAAUCACUACUGGAGACGGAACUGCCGCUGUCACGGCCCGCUUUAUCAAGGGUGUUCACAAAAGGGCAACCAUCACUGAAGGCUGGAGCGACUUCUUCCGUCAGGCACACAUGAACGAAGGGCAAGUAUACGCUUUCGCCUUCAAAUGCACUUCCAAGGGACUGUGCCUGAUCGUCUACUCAAUAUAAGCAAGUUGCAAGAGCCCCUUGUUAUAUAACUUAGUAUUAGUAUAGAUACCUACCAAGACUUCCGGGUUUAUCAUCCUUUUGGAUCUUAUGUAAUCCCCUAAGACCAUCCUGUGCAUUUAGCUAUCGGUUAUUUGCUGCUUAGACUGCUAUGUGGUAUGCUUUUGAAACAACCUUGAUGGAAGAAAUAUAUGCUUUCAUCUUUAAGUGCACAUCCAAAGACCUUUGCAUGAUUGUCUAUCCAAUCUAAACAGAUCAAAAGAAUCAUUUUCUACAUGACUUA